UUAUGAGAUCAAAUCAAGUGAUCAAUUUGAAUUGUGGAGUAAAGCUUCCAAUUUUUGGAUUUGGAACUUUUGCUUAUCAAAUUGACCCUAAUGCCAUUGAAUCAGCUGUUCAUAUGGCCAUCAAAAUGGGUUAUAGGCAUUUUGAUACAGCAACUAUAUAUGGAUCAGAAGGGGCUGUUGGCAAAGCUCUUAAUGAUGAGUUUUUGAAUUAUAGAACUUUGGGGAGAGAAGACAUUUUUCUUACCUCAAAAGUAUGGGGAAGUGACCAUCAUGAUCCUGUUUCAGCAUUGAAAACAACACUAAGGAACAUGGGAAUGGAAUACUUGGAUAUGUAUUUAGUGCAUUGGCCAUUCAAAUUGAAGCCAUGGGCAUGUUAUCCAGUUCCCAAGGAAAGUGAUUUUGAGGAAACUUUGGAUCUUGAAAGCACUUGGAAAGGAAUGGAAAAAUGCUUAGAGUUGGGUUUGUGUAGAUGCAUUGGUGUAAGCAAUUUCUCCACCAAAAAACUUGACUCUCUUUUGCAAUUUGCUACCAUUCCUCCAGCUGUUAAUCAGGUGGAGAUGCAUCCAAUGUGGAGGCAAAAAAAGCUAAGAGAGUAUUGUGAAGAGCGUAAAAUCCACGUGAGUGCAUAUUCACCGUUGGGAGGGCCAGGUAAUGCAUGGGGAUCAACGGCUGUGAUUGAGAAUCCAAUCAUCAAAUCAAUUGCUCUCAAACACAAUGCAACUCCACCUCAGGUUGCUCUACAAUGGGGACUGUUGAAAGGAUCAAGUGUGAUAGUGAAGAGCUUCAAUGAAGAUCGUCUUAGAGAGAAUUUUGGAGCCCUUGAUCUCAAAUUGGACGAUCAAGAUUGCUUGGAAAUUGAGAAAUUAGAAGAGAAAAAGAUUAUGAGGGGAGAAUAUUUUGUAAAUGACACAACAAGCCCAUACAAAACUAUUCAAGAUUUGUGGGAUGGUGAAAUUUGAUGUCAUUAUUAUUCCUAAAUUAUUCACCUCUCUAUUGUCUCACUUUCCAUAUCAUAUAUAAAUCCAUAUCAAUCUCAAUAAUAUAUAUCUCUUCUAAAUUCGUAUCA